CGGAGUAGCGGUGCGGCGGGAGCAGCACAGCAGAGGGGACAAGACCAGGGUAGGAGGGUACUGGCCGGCUGGGAGAGACCCGUACACCAUCAAGAUGCUGUCCUGGCGGCUGCAAACGGGCUCCGAGAAGGCCGAGCUGCAGGAGCUCAACGCCCGACUGUACGACUACGUGGGCCGGGUACGGGAGCUGGAGCGCGAAAACCUGCUCCUGGAGGAGGAGCUGCGCGGCCGGCAAGGGUACGAGGGCCUGUGGGCCGAGGCGCAAGCCCGCUUCGCCAAGGAGGCGCGCAGCCUGCGGCAGCAGCUAGACGAACUGAGCUGGGCCACAGCGCUGGCCGAGGGCGAGCGCGACGCGCUGCGGCGCGAGCUGCGGGACCUACAGCUGCUGGGCGGGGAGGCACGCGCAGCCCGCGGCCGCCUGAACGCCGAGCUGGACGCGCAGCGGCGGGAGCUGCAGGAGGAGUUGGGCGCGCGCGCCGCCCUCGAGGCGUUGCUGGGCCGGCUUCAGGCCGAGCGCCGCGGCCUAGACGAGGCCCACGAACGCGACGUGCGGGAGCUGCGCGCGCGCGCCGCCGGCCUGACCCUGCGCUACCGCGCCCGCGCCCCCGCGCCCCCGCCGCGCAUGCGGGAGGUCCACAACGGCUACGCGCUGCUUGUGGCCGAGUCGUGGCGGGAGACCGUGCAGCUGUACGAGGACGAGGUGCGCGAGCUGGAGGAGGCGCUGCGGCGCGGCCAGGAUAGCCGGCGCGAGGCCGAGGAGGAGACGCGGCUGUGCGCGCAGGAGGCGGAGGCGCUGCGGCGUGAGGUGCUCGAGUUGGAGCAGCUGCGGGCGCUGCUGGAGGAUGAGCUGCUGCGGGUGCGCGAGGCGUACGAGCUGCAGGCAGAGGAGCGGCAGAGAGAGAUCGCCUGCCUGGAGGAUGAGAAGGCAGCCCUUACCUUGGCCAUGGCUGACCGGCUACGGGACUAUCAGGAGCUCGUGCAGGUGAAGACUGGCCUCAGUCUGGAGGUGGCAACCUAUAGAGCCUUACUGGAAGGAGAAAGUAAUCCGGAGAUACAGAUCUUGACUGAGCUCAUUGAAAAUGUACCACAAGAAUUCAGAAACAAGCCCUAUCAAUAUACCACCUCAGUAUUACAGAGGGAAAACGAAAGAAAUCUGUUUCCAAGGCAGAAAGCACAUUCGGCGAGCUUCAGUCACAGCCUGGUGCCACGUUCUCAGACGGCUGUUAGAAGCGCUGCCAGAAGAGACUUCCUGGGCUCCAGAUACUCUUCCUUUGUCACUGCCCGGCAGGAGAACUCUUAUGAAAAAACUGCCAGCAGUCAAACCAACUUCAGACAUUUCUCUCCAACCCCUGGUCUUUUAAGAAAUACUGAAGCUCAAGUCAAAACAUUCCCUGAUAGACCAAGAACCGAAGGUAUAAAGGGUCCCCCCACUAGUUUAGCCAAAGAGUCCGCCGUUGCCCAAGAGUCCUACCAAGAACGCCGGGACAAUGUGGUGGCAGGUGCUCCCGAGAGCACUUGGUCGAAUGAGAGGACCGUCAUUUUGGGAAAGAAAAUGGAAGCUAAAGCCACAAGGGAGCAGGAGAGAAACAGACCGGGAACCAUGCAAACAAAGCGAGAAGAGAAAAUGUUUGAUUCUAAAGAGAAGGCUUCAGAGGAGAGAAACUUAAGGUGGGAAGAACUUACAAAGUUAGAUAAAGAAGCAAGACAGAGAGAAAGCCAGCAAAUGAAGGAAAAGGCAAAAGAGGAGUCACUGAAGGAGAAAAGCGUGAGGGAGAGAGAGAUACCGAUCAGUCUAGAAGUAUCCCAGGACAGCACAGCAGAGGCGGCCCCCCAAGGUCUCCAGACACCCCUAAAGAAGGAUGCUGGUGAUGGAACACGUAGAGGGGUAGAAACGAGAGAGGCGGGGCUCAGGCUGGGCACCAGUGACACUGCAGGCUCUCUGAAAGGUAAUUCCACGACCGAAACCAUAGCUGAGAACAUCGUUUCCAGUAUCCUGAAGCAGUUUACCCACUCUCCCGAGACAGAAGCAUCUGCUGAUUCUUUUCCAGACACAAAAGUCACUUACGUGGACAGGAAAGAGCUUCCCGGUGACAGGAAAACAAAGACUGAGAUAGUCGUGGAGUCAAAACUGACUGAAGAGGUCGACAUUUCAGAUGAAGCUGGCCUGGACUACCUGUUAAGCAAGGAUGCUAAGGAGGUGAAGCUGAAAGGAAAAUCAGCUGAGCAUUUGAUCGGAGAUAUAAUCAGUCUUGGUCUGAAGGGGAGAGAGGGGAGAGCAAAGGUCGUCAACGUGGAGAUCAUCGAAGAGCCCGUGAGCUAUGUCAGUGGUGAGAAGGCGGAUGAGUUUUCUACACCAUUCGAAGUGGAGGAGGUCGAUGACGUGUCUCCGGGCUCCAAGGGGCUUGUUGUUGAGGAGGAAGUUUACGGAGAAACAGAUAUCACGUGCUCAGGGAAUGAAGGUCAAAAGACCAGGCAGCCCCAAGAGAACAUAACUCACUUUGAAGAAGUGACGGAGGCAGGUGACUUGGAGGGAGAGCAGAGUUAUUUGGUGUCGACUCCGGACGAAUACCCUGGUGGCCAUGAGAGAGAUGAAGGCCCUGUGUAUGGGCAGAUCCACAUCGAAGAGGAAUCCACCAUCAGGUACUCCUGGCAAGAUGAAAUUGUGCCAGGGUCUCGGAGAAGAAUGGAGAGGGACGAUGCAUUGGGAGAGAAGGUUGUGAAGCCACUGGAUGUUCCAGAAGCAUCUCUGGAGGGGGACAUGGGUUCUACUCACUGGAAAGGACAAGCGAGAAGUGGUGAAUUUCAUGCUGAACCCAUAGUCAUUGAAAAGGAAAUUAAAAUACCACAUGAAUUCCACACAUCCAUUAAGGGAGGCUUCAAGGAGCCCAGGCACCAGCUGGUGGAAGUGAUUGAGCAACUGGAGGAGAGCCUUCCGGAGCGCAUGAAGGAAGAGCUGUCCACCUUCACCAGAGAGGGUCAGGGCGGGGCCAGGGGUGGUUCCGUUGAUGUAAAGAAAGUCCAGACCGCGGGUGGCGGGGCUGUGACCUUAGUGGCCGAAGUCAACCUCUCGCAGACGGUGGAUGCCGAUCAGUUAGACCUGGAGGAGCUGAGCAGGGAUGAAGCAGGGGAGAUCGAGAAGGCCGUGGAGUCGGUGGUACGACACGACCUGGCUAGGCGGCACAGCCCGGCCCCUGGCAGCCCAGAUGGGGAGGCCAGAAUGGAGGCGCCGGCUGCUAGCCGCGGCUUCAAGCGCUGGGCCACCCAGGAGCUGUACAGACCCUCUGGUGAGGAGGCCGACGCCGGCCGGGCCUCUUCCCGCACGGAGCUGGUCACUUCCCAGGGCCCCGUGUUGGCCACCGUGGAAGUCACCAGCCCAAGGGGCUUUGCCCAGUCACACGUGCUGGAGGACGUCAGUCAGUCUGUGAGGCACGUUCAAAUAGUGCCCCCUGGAACUUGGAGGGCUGAGCAAGUCUCACCUGAAGGAUCCGCCGCCCAGGUGGUGGAGGUAAGUGGGGAAGGUGACCUGAGUUGGGCGGCAAGCUCGGCGGAAGCCAGCUUGUCCGCAAGGCAUCUUACGUUGGGUCCCGAUCAAAGUCAAUUGUCCAAAGAAGUCUUCUUCCCAGGGCCUGACUCACCCUGUCCGGGGGCAGGGGACUCAGAAGAGCCUGGCCUGGCAGAGGUUUCCACAGAUCCUGACAGAUCGGGGAGGCACAGCCCAUUUGGCUCCCAACAAUUUCAUUCUAAGAGGGAAAUUACUUUUCAGGCUCCCGCUUCUGAGGCAGGGAAGGUUGGUGAUUAUUUUUCAGAAGAGUCAGUGGGUACCCAGACUUCUGUGAAGCACCUUCCGUUAGGCCUCAGGGAGGGGUUCAGUGAGCAGAUCCAGCUCACAGCCCCCCUUUCAGACAGAAUGGAGUUGGGUGUCAGAGAAGCUUCUGUGCACACGGAAGUGUGGUCAGGGAAUGGCACAUCCAUCAGGCACAUCAAGACCGUGCCUCAGAGGCAUCAAGGCACCGAGCAGAUAGUUCCCCCACCCUUGAAAUUUAGUGACUCAGAAAGCAAAGCCCACAGAGAGGACUUGGCAGAUGUGACCCAGGCCACCCAUAGUUACGCUGUGGGUAGGAAAAUCCUGAUGACUGAAAAGAGCACCUUCCAAAGGGCCGUUUCUGAAUUGCCUCAGGAGGCUAGUUCAGUAGACACCUCAGGGGCGGAAGCGACAUCAGAUGUGAGCAGAUCCUUUAGGCAUAUCCAGCUGGGUCCUGCAGAAACCAACACCUCUGCCCACGUUGUCUUCCACGGACCCAUUUCCAAAACAUUGGCACUUGCUGGUUCGGUGGACUCCCCUGAGGUAGGCGAGGUCGAAGACAGUGGCAGAACACUAAGGCAUGUUGCCCUGGGGCCCAAAGAAACUUCGUUUACCUUUCAGAUGGACGUGAGUAACAUAGAGACGACCCCCCGCUGGACCCGAGAGGCCACAGUCCUCUUCCCCGCAGGGACAGAAGCAGAAGCUUAUAGUGUGUCUGACCGUGAUGCUUGGAGAGAUGCCAGCAGUAGGAAUGACCUGGCAGCUGGCGUGAGCUUUCAGGGCUCUGCGGGGGACAAACACCAGGCCCCCGGGGAAAAGGGCAAGGAGCAGGCCGAGUUUGAUAAGAUGGUGCAGCUGCAGAGGAUGGUAGACCAAAGGUCGGUGAUUUCGGAUGAAAAGAAGGUAGCCCUCCUCUAUCUAGACAAUCAGGAGGAGGAGAAUGAGGGACACUGGUUUUGAUAAACAUAUUUUGUUUUAAAUGCCAUCUUAUUGGGUAACAUACUGACACACAAAGGCCUUUACUUCCUUUAGGGGAGGGAGGCUCACUCUUUAUUAAAACCUCCCCCCUUUUUUACUUUCUUUAAAGAGUGCUCCAGGCAAUGUCAAUUUACUUGAUAAUCUGUAAAGAUUUCAAACUAAUUCAUGCCUUAAAAGGCUUUGGAAUUUUAUUGAGUUGGAACUUUGACAAAAAUAUUUUUUAUCUUUUUAGUCUUAAAAGUUCCUUGUUCUGGAGUUUUCUUUCUACUCUACCAUUCUUGCACCAGGUCACAGAAAUGCCUCACAUCUGUUUGAAACUAUAUCUAGGUAAGAUGCCUAAAUGGUAAUGAGAUUAAAGUAAUAUAUUUAAGAGUAAAUCUUAUUUGCAUGUGCUAACAUUAAAUAGUAAACUAACAUUUUAAGGGAAAAAUGAAUACAUUUUUCUCUUUCCAAAGUCUUUUCAAAAAGAAAUCAUAGGAAAUAAGCAGAUUUUAAAAAAAGCUAAAUGACUUCAUCUUAGGAAAAAGUUAUUUGUCAUAGAGUUAAAUUCAUUUAAAAACUUGAAUGAAUUGCUUUCUAUGUGCAGAAAUUUAAAUAAUAUAGUAUUUUAUUUAUGGAGAGGACAGCUCCAGCCUCGUGCAGUAUAUCAGAUCAACACACUAGCUAUGUUUGCAUAAGUUCCUGGAACACGCUGCACUGCGUCCAGGCAGGGACAGCGGCUGGGGGGAUGAUUAUUGGGAAUGGCUUACAGUACCAAUUUUUUGCAAUACUAGGUGGUUUAGUGCACAGUCUAAAUAUUCUUUUUUGUUAUAACCUAAGUUCUGGAGUAGCCAGCUCUUACCAAGGUAUACUUGAGCUUUUCUGCACUUUAGCCUCUAAACAUUUAAUUUUACUGGUGGGAGGUAGACCCUGAAGACAGUAAAAAGAACGUUGAUGCGCAGACUGUAGCUGGACUUGUGGCAUGGUCAUGCACAGUAAAGUUGAAAGCCCAGGUGGGCUGUGCCUCCCAAAGAAGCCCUUUCCAACCCACUGAUGAUGGGGCUGGAGGCCUUUCUGAGCGCAAAGAGUUAGAGAUGGAAAAACGGCAAUCAACCUCAUGGAGGUUUUUGCACUUUUGACAGAAAUCAUGACAGUGGCGGUGUUUUGUCCAGGGGAAACAAAUAAUACAUUAAAUAGAAUAAGGUGUUUUGGGGAGGGAACUGGGUGCCUCUCCCGCUGCCCAGCCCUGAAGCACCCAGGAAGGGCCCUGGAGGAAGGCAGAGGCCCUACUCUUCUGGGCCACAGAGUGUGGCCCUGUAGAUAUACACCACUGAGUUUAAGAUACUAGAAUGGGUGUGUUCUGUUGGAUUUAUUUUAUUUUACAUAAAGGUAUUGUUUUUAAAGCUUCCUUCUUUAAAGGUGUAGCCUCACAUAAAGAUAGUAUCUCUAGGAGCACAGUAUUGUAAUCCAAACUAGUUUCUUUCACUUAAUGCUGUCGAAACUGUACUGCCCCUAACUUUGUCAUCCUCAGGUAGGACAUGAUGAUGGGGGCUGGUAAUGGAAUUUGAGGGUCUUCCCUCUAGGUUUUACUGAUGGCCCUCAGACCUCCACAACGCAUAUCUCUUGAGCUGCCAGGAAUGGCUACAACAAGUAGUUUAGGGAGAGUGCGUUUUCCUAAUCAAGAAGUAGAGGAUCAAUGCAGCACAGCUUUCAGGGUGAUCUAUUUUUAAAACACCGUGAAGCGGGUAUAGAAAGAAAGUUGAUUUGAAUUGCAAGUGUAAACCUUUGUUAUCUGCCAAAUGCACUAGUGAUUGUCAGAAACUGGUAUGGUGGUGACGGCUUUGCCAGUGAAGACUUCUUGUUUCUAAUAAAAAGAUGAGUUGAUUUUAUGUUAGUUGUAAUUGGUAAUGAUUUGUAUAAGUUAUUUAUUGGUGAGAAUUCGGUCAAGGUGACAGCCUACUGUUUGAUGGCAAGACAGACUGAUGAUGGCGGGGGUCUGUUAUGUGUGUCUAAGUAGGCUUAGUUUAAUGUCACUCUCCUAGCUUGUGACCUUGGAAAUGAGGGCUAAUGUGAAUAGGUUUAUUAAAGUCAUGACCGACCUCCAUUGGAAAAUAAAUGUCUUAGAUCUUAAUUUUUAUCUCCAUGUUGGAAUGCAUAUCUUUAAGAAGUAUCCUGACAAGAGUAUUUACCAAUAUGGAGUCAUGAGCUGUUGUUGGUUACUAAGUCUCUGGAACACCCAGGAGCAGGGUGUGCCCUUGACCCUGUGACAGGUCAUGCCAGCCACAGCUCCAUGUCCUUUAAAACCAGUCACUCUGGAGACAAUAGUAGUCAACUGUGUGGUGGGACAGGGUAAGGACACAACCAGUCUUUUCACAUUUAUUUUUGUGUAGACAAAACGGUAUUAAUGGAAUGUUUUUCACCUUCCCACUGGCUGUUUUGAUAUUGUUUGUUUAAAAUGUAUAUUUAGAAUGGAAUCAUCUGAAAAGCUGAUCUUGCUAACCACCUAUGAAGGGAUAUGUCAUAAGAAUGUAUAAAAAUAAAAAUCUAAGAAAAAAUCCCACAUUGUUCCUAAAGAGAAUGAAUGUUUUCCAGUAGGUUUUUUUGUGGUUUUUAUUUAAAUUCUAAUUAAAGCAUAUAUGUGUUUAUUUGCAUGUUUUUUUAUGGUGGCACAGAAUCACUGGGGAGAAUAUAUGUGAAAAGUCCCAGUUCUUUAAUUCCUCACCUGAAUUAGAACUCGAUAUUGUUAGCACAGAACUAGAAAGCAUGGCAGACAGAGCAUAAACCACUGGCUUGUAUUUAAAUAGACUGGACAGUUUGUGGUAAGAAUGACAUCCUGGAAGGCUAGUGACAGUAGUGUGACCAACCAUCCCGUUUGGCCUUGAAUGGAGGGGUCUCCUGGGACAUGGGACUUUCAGUGCUAAAAUGAGAACAGUCCUGAGCACACCAUGAUGGUUCAUUACUAACCUUAAGUGCAAACUGGAAUGGCUAAUCAUGCCCAUCUCUUAGGAGCUUGAAAAAAGUGCGCUAGUUUGAGACAAAGGAGUAGAUACUCUUACCUGUUUGUAGCGUUGUACAAAAACAAAAUAAACCAAAACAUGAAUA